UUAUUUCGUUUUGCUGUUGCUGUAUUUGAUCUUCGUCAACAAGAGAAAGCGGUGGACUUUCUGCGCAGAGUAUGGGUUCGGAGAGGAGUUAUCAGAUGAAGGUGGUUACAGGAGAGUUCGGAUACGUCCUCCAAGAUGUACCUCAUUUCAGCGACUACAUUCCGGAUCUCCCUACUUAUCCAAAUCCGCUACGAUCAAAUCCUGCCUAUUCAGUUGUCAAGCAGUACUUUGUUGACAUGGAUGAUAGUGUCCCUGAAAAGAUUGUUGUUCACAAGGAUACACCAAGAGGCGUACAUUUUCGGAGAGCUGGACCUCGUCAAAAGGUCUAUUUUCCUUCAGAUGAGGUGCAUGCCUGUAUCGUGACUUGUGGUGGUUUGUGUCCUGGGCUAAACACGGUGAUCAGAGAAAUUGUACACAGCCUUGAUUAUAUGUAUGGUGUCAACAAAGUCCUUGGAAUUGAUGGAGGUUAUAGGGGUUUCUAUGCAAAGAAUACAAUUACUUUGACGCCAAAGAUUGUGAAUGACAUACACAAGCGUGGCGGAACAAUCCUGGGAACAUCUCGAGGUGGCCAUGACACCUUGAAGAUUGUUGACAGCAUUCAGGACCGCGGAAUUAAUCAGGUUUAUAUAAUUGGAGGAGAUGGCACUCUGAAAGGAGCAGCUGUGAUCUAUGAGGAAAUUAGAAAGCGUGGUCUAAAGGUUGCUGUUGCUGGUAUACCCAAGACAAUUGACAAUGAUAUUCCGGUUAUUGAUAGAUCAUUUGGUUUUGAUACUGCUGUAGAGGAAGCUCAGCGUGCCAUAAAUGCUGCACAUGUUGAAGCUGAGAGUGCGGAGAAUGGAAUUGGUGUAGUGAAACUAAUGGGUCGCUACAGUGGUUUUAUUGCAAUGCAUGCUACUCUGGCCAGUCGAGACGUGGACUGCUGUUUGAUUCCGGAAUCACCCUUUUAUCUUGAAGGAAAGGGAGGGCUUUUUGAAUACAUGGAGAAAAGGCUCAAAGAAAAUGGACAUAUGGUUAUUGUUAUUGCUGAAGGAGCAGCACAGGAGCUUCUUACAGCCAAAAAUGAAGAAGAUGCUUCAGGGAACAAGCUACUUCAAGACGUCGGGUUAUGGAUUUCUCAAAAAAUAAAGGAACAUUUUGCGAAGCAAAAUAAAAUUCCGAUCACUCUCAAAUACAUAGAUCCAACUUACAUGAUCCGUGCUAUUCCUAGCAAUGCGUCGGACAACGUUUACUGCACACUCCUUGCUCAGAGUGCUGUUCAUGGAGCAAUGGCGGGGUACACGGGCUUCACAAGUGGGCUUGUUAAUGGCCGCCAUACAUGCAUCCCUUUCAAUCGUAUUACUGAAAAGCAAAACAAGGUUGUGAUAACGGACAGAAUGUGGGCGAGGCUUCUCUCUUCAACUAAUCAACCGAGCUUCCUCAAAGUAAAUAAGCUCACUGGUGAGAACUCAGGAACAAAUUUCAAGGUCACCGAUCUGUUAGGAUGCCUCAGCUUCGGGCAGUGAAUUUGUUGUUGAAGUUUCUUUUUCCCCUUUUCUUUCUUUAACUUAUUUAAAUUAGAGAUACUGAGACUAAAAGUGUCUCUUCUGUAUGUACUACUACUAGUACUAACCCCGUCGAUCACUUGGUACAUUUACGAAUAAAAUCUAGUCCGGGUGUUUUCACAUCGA